GGUAGCGUAAACUCAAAGCUUCACGCUCACAAGUCGGUCUCGUUUUGCUGCAUAUUCCCAUAGAUUAUACUCCACAACCCAGCUGAGUUCCUCUUCAAUGGCGGACUCUACGGCGAAGUCGAGCCGAACUAGGGACCUCAUCAAGCUAUUGGAACGCCGUGGUCCUUUAGUGGGAGACAACUUCUCAGCUUCCUCAGAGACUAUCGGGGAUAUAAAGGAGUUUCUGAAUGUUUUGGUGGUCGGAGCUGGUGGAUUGGGGUGCGAGCUGUUAAAGGAUUUGGCAUUAUCAGGAUUUCAAAAGCUGGAAGUUAUCGAUAUGGACCGGAUUGAAGUUACCAAUCUCAAUCGUCAGUUUCUUUUUAGGCUUGAAGAUGUAGGGAAGCCAAAGGCUGAAGUUGCUGCUAAACGAGUUAUGGAAAGAAUUAAUGGUGUAGAAAUCAGGCACCAUUUCUGUCGGAUUGAGGAUAAACCACUAGAGUUCUACGAGAAAUUUAAUAUCAUUGUACUUGGUCUUGAUUCCAUUGAGGCUCGGAGCUACAUAAAUGCUGUGGCUUGCGGUUUUCUAGAGUAUGAUUCUGAUGAUAACCCAAUUGAAGAAACAAUGAAAGCUAUGGUGGAUGGUGGAACAGAAGGAUUUAAAGGCCAUGCAAGGGUUAUUUUACCAGGGUUAACGCCAUGCUUUGAGUGUACAAUUUGGCUUUUCCCACCACAAGUGAAGUUUCCUUUAUGUACUCUUGCAGAAACUCCAAGAAAUGCUGCUCAUUGUAUUGAAUAUGCUCACUUAAUUAAAUGGGAUGAGGUUCAUAGUGGAAAAUCUUUUGAUCCAGAUAAUCCUGAUCACAUGCAGUGGGUUUAUACAGAGGCUGCUAAGAGAGCUGAGCUUUUUGGGAUUCAAGGUGUUACAUAUUCUCUGACACAGGGAGUGGUGAAAAAUAUCAUACCUGCUAUAGCUUCCACCAAUGCCAUUAUUUCAGCAGCAUGUUCUUUGGAAACUUUGAAGAUUGCAACUGGAUGCAGCAAGUUGUUAUCAAAUUAUUUGACGUAUAAUGGGGUUGAAGGGCUCCACACAAAAGUGACCGAGUUUGUGAGGGACAAAGACUGUCUUGUUUGUGGACCUGGAGUUCUGAUUGAGCUUGAUGCUUCAGUUACUUUGAAAAAGUUCAUUGAUAUGCUCAAGGAUCAUCCUAAACUCUUCUUGACUGGAGUUAGCAUCACAUACCGAGGGAAGAAUUUGUAUAUGCGGGCGCCUCCAGUACUAGAAGAAAUGACACGACCAAAUCUAGAUAUCCAGCUAUUUGAACUAAUGGACAGAACUCCCAAGGACAUUAUCCACGUCACCGGCACAGCCGGCAAAGGUGAGAAGAAGCAAUCAUGUUUGAGGAAAUUGAGGGUUGUGUUCAAGGGACUUGAUGGUGUUACAGACUUGGAUAUGGCCGGUGGAGCAUGACGUUCUAUUGCUCUGAGUUAUACCAUGUGUUUGAAUCUAGAAUUGGUUCUAGUUGGUGGAAAGCUGAGCAAAAAUUGUUCAAUUUUAUCUUUCCUGAUAUCCAGCAGAAGGCAAGGACUGAUACGGUGAAAAUUGGGAGCUGCUUUACUUCAUAACAUGAUGGGGGGGAUUGAUUUAUAAGCAAUUGCAUCACUGCGAGCGGAGAUCUUAUUUCCUGACAUCUCUUCCGAGUAAUUUUUUUGUUCUACGUAUAUGUAAAUGAGUCAUGUAGGACAAGGGUAGUUGAUCUUUUUGGUCAUCGCUUGACCAAUUUACGUCUGAAAUUUGGAAUCAAAGCGGUUAUUAUAGACUGUUGAUGCAGUGAAAACGGCUCCAAUGAUUUUUCUGAA